GUGGGGCCAAGUCGCCCAAAAGGCGUGUUUACUCGCGCGGUUUCCGUGACCUCAGCCCGCUAGUUAGCACGCACAUCUGACUGUUCAUGGCUACACGCGCGGCGUGUGCAGCUCAUUGGCUAUGAUGCAACAAGGUUUGACAGCGUAGUCAACGUAUACAUAGUCACAAUCUACGAAGAGAUACAUCGACGAAGAAGUACUCUUACUUUUACUCGGCACUCAGCGAAAAUAUAGAAGAUAGUCCGACAGUGAUAUAGUCCGUGGAUAUACUACUCUACGCUGAGGAGGCAGUGAAGGCGUGACUGAGCACAGCCAACCAACCACGCAAUGUCCGCCGGAACUCUCCGUACAGGUCCGCCCUCCAUCAUCGGAAGCGGAUCGGCUAGUGUCUUUCGCUCUUCCGGCAAGAGCAAGACAGCCGCCAUUAACAGACAGCGCAAGAAAAGCCUGCCCGAGGAAUGGUGGUGGGAGUUUGAAGGAGAAGCGCGUCUGUGCUUCACUAGCAACGCCUCGUCCUUCCAAGGCGACCUGACGAACGACGCCAGCGAUGAUCUAUUCGGCAUAGAGGGCAGCACCGUGAGUACCGAGGGCCGCUUAGCCGUAGAGAUGAAAGUGGUGGAUUACGAUGUGGUGCGAGUUCAUUCGCUGACGAACGUUGCUAUGACGAUGCACGGCGGAAGAUGCGAGCUGAAGAGCGAUACCGUCAGCUUCACCACGGAGAGGAUGCUGACCGGGGAACACGCAGACAUGUUCAUCAGACAGAAUUUCUCGCACAAUCUGGUCGGACAGCAACGCUUCGUUUGCAUUGGCAAUAUGCGGCUGACGAUUAAGAAGACGAAGGCGGAAGAACUGUGCUAUUGCCCGACGAAUUAUAUUUUGUAGUCGCUGUUGCGUGCACUAACACUUAUAUUAAAUAUCAAAUUUACAUCGCCUAUGUAAACUAAUUGAAUAUGUAUGACAAUGUACGACUUGUAUAACUGUUGUAAUGAAUGUAACUAUUGUUGUGUAUGUUAGGCAUAUAUAUUGCAGAGAUUUUCUAAAGCUACUAAGCAUUUAUAUAUAACGGAUAUUAAUAAAAAAGUAUUAACGGUCUUUAA